GGCGGCUGGCCCCGGUAUGGAGAAGCGGGCUGCCACGGGGCUGGAGGGGGCCCCGGGCGCCCGGACGCAGCUCGCGGUGGUCUGUCUAGUGAACUUCUUUCUCACUGGGAGGCUUAGCAGUGCAGUUCCUGCCCUAGCUGCCUGCAGUGGGAAGCUGGAGCAGCACACGGAGCGGCGUGGUGUCAUCUACAGCCCAGCCUGGCCCCUUAACUACCCAGCAGGCACCAACUGCAGCUGGUACAUCCAGGGUGACCAUGGGGAUAUGAUCACCAUUAGCUUCCGCAAUUUUGAUGUAGAGGAGUCCCACCAGUGCUCCCUGGACUGGCUCAUGCUGGGUCCAGCAGCCCCACCUCGCCAGGAGGCCUUCCGGCUCUGUGGCUCUGCCAUCCCACCUGCCUUCAUCUCCGCCCGGGACCAUGUCUGGAUCUUCUUCCACUCUGAUGCCUCCAGCUCUGGCCAGGCCCAGGGCUUCCGUCUCUCGUACAUCCGAGGGAAGCUGGGCCAGGCCUCCUGCCAGGCUGACGAGUUCCGCUGUGACAAUGGCAAGUGCCUGCCUGGCCCAUGGCAGUGUAACACCGUGGAUGAAUGUGGGGAUGGCUCUGACGAGGGCAACUGCUCGGCCCCUGUCUCUGAGCUGCCGGGCAGCCUGUGCCCAGGAGGCACUUUCCCCUGCAGCGGGGCACGCUCCACACGCUGCCUCCCCGCAGAGCGGCGCUGUGAUGGCUCACAGGACUGUGGUGAUGGCUCUGAUGAGGCUGGCUGCCCGGACCUGGCAUGUGGCCGGCGGCUGGGCAGCUUCUAUGGCUCCUUCGCCUCCCCAGACCUGUUUGGUGCAGCCCGGGGGCCUUCGGACCUUCAUUGUACGUGGCUAGUGGACACACAGGACCCGCGGCGCGUGCUGCUGCAGCUGGAGUUACGACUGGGCUACGAUGACUAUGUGCAGGUGUACGAAGGUCUGGGUGAACGUGGGGAUCGCCUGCUGCAGACGCUCUCCUACCGCAGCAACCACCGGCCCGUGAGCCUCGAGGCUGCCCAGGGCCGCCUCACUGUGGCCUACCAUGCCCGGGCUCGCAGCGCUGGCCAUGGUUUCAAUGCUACCUACCAGGUGAAGGGCUAUUGCCUCCCGUGGGAGCAGCCGUGUGGCAGCAGCACUGAGGGAGAUGCGGGGGAUGCAGGAGAUCAGGGCUGUUUCUCGGAGUCACAGCGCUGUGAUGGCUGGUGGCACUGUGCCAGCGGCCGAGAUGAACAGGGCUGCCCUUCCUGCCCGCCUGACCAGUACCCCUGCGAGGGGGGCAGUGGCCUAUGCUACACACCUGCUGACCGCUGCAACAACCAGAAAAGCUGCCCUGAUGGCGCUGAUGAGAAGAAUUGCUUCUCAUGUCAGCCCGGCACCUUCCACUGUGGCACCAACCUGUGCAUCUUUGAGACAUGGCGCUGUGACGGCCAGGAAGACUGCCAGGAUGGCAGCGACGAGCAGGGCUGCCUGGCUGCUGUGCCCCGCAAGGUCAUCACUGCCGCCCUCAUUGGCAGCCUUGUCUGCGGCCUGCUGCUGGUCAUUGCUUUAGGCUGCGCCUUCAAGCUGUACUCCCUGCGCACGCAGGAGUAUAGGGCCUUUGAGACCCAGAUGACACGCCUGGAGGCAGAGUUUGUGCGGCGGGAGGCACCCCCAUCCUAUGGUCAGCUCAUCGCACAGGGCCUCAUCCCACCUGUGGAGGACUUCCCUGUAUACAGUGCAUCCCAGGCCUCGGUCCUACAGAACCUUCGCACAGCCAUGCGGCGACAGAUGCGCAGGCACGCCUCCCGCCGCGGACCCUCUCGCCGCCGCCUUGGCCGCCUCUGGAAUAGGCUCUUUCACAGGCCACGGGCGCCACGUGGACAGAUCCCACUGCUAACUGCUGCACGCACCUCACAGACAGUGCUGGGCGAUGGGCUCCUCCAGCCUGCACCAGGGGCUGCCCCGGACCCCCCUGCACCCCUUACGGACAUAGGCAGCCCCAGGGCAGCUGGUGAUGGGCUCCCCAGUGCCCCUGGCCAUGUACCUGAGGUGGGACCUUCAGUACUCCCACCAUCUUCAGGUUUGCAAGAGCCAGAGUGCAGGCCCAUGGACAAGGACAGAAAAGCCUGCAGGGACCCUCUGGUGAACAGCCUGGCCUCUGUGGACACAGCUCAGGAGCCACGCUUGGCCCAGGACCCUCACUCCCCAGCCUCCACUGCCAGCAGCACCGUUGGCCACCACCCACCAGAGCCACUGAGUGUCUGCAGGAGCCCCCUGCCACCCUGCUCCCCCAUAUUGGAGGCCAGUGAUGAUGAGGCCCUGCUGGUCUGCUGACCCACUGGACAUGCUGGUGACUGCCACAGCCCCGCUUUGUAACCAGGGAAUACACAGUCAUUUCUA